AUGGCGAUGAAACCACAUGGGAAGUCGAUUAUGUCCUCCGAUUCCGACAAAAAAAUUGUAUUCUUCAAAGAUCUCUCCCUGGGUCCCAACGAAGCUCAGUUGCGGUUUCGGCUCAUCCAUUUCUGGGAGGCUUGGAAUCCGCUAAAGAAGACGCUUAUUGGUAUGGAGAUGUUACUCAUCGACGAACAGGGAACUGUUAUUCAAGGAUUCAUUUCCCCAGGGCGUAUUCAAAAAUAUAUGCCUGAUAUGAAGCGAGGCUCUGUUUACAAACUCAACAACUUCUACGGAUCCAGAAACAAAUCGGUGUUUCGGGUUGCUGAUCAUACCGUUACAGUGUCGUUCGCAUGGAACUCGGAGUUGAAGGUUCUUCUAAACUGUCCUACUCAUUUUGAUGCGGACAGUUUCCGGUUCCAUUCAUAUGAAGAGUUUCAAGCUAAUUGCGACCUCAAAGGAGACCUCUACGAUGUUGUUGGCCACAUGAAGUUGGUUAACGGUCAGAGUAUCGUUGAGGCACCGGUUCUUGACGAAGUGGAGAUAGCAAAAGCCAGGCGUGUUCUGAUUCAUGUCCAAUCACAUGAGUACGUGUACAUUAUUUUCUGGAAACUACUUCUCCUUACUCCUAUUACUUACGUAGUAUCGUUUUUCAGUGGACCGGUCAUGAAGCUAUACCUUUGGGAUCAGGCUGCAAGAGACUUCUGCAAAAAGUUCAAUUCAUACGAAGGCACACCCACUGUGUUACUGGUCACGACCGUCAACACGAAGACUCUCGGAGGUACUCUGGCCUUGACCUCAAUGUCAUCUUCGCGUGUGUUUAUGGACUAUGAUGUCCAACCUACAAUAGAUUACCUCAGUUGGUUGGGCUCUAAUCCUGCAAUUGCUGAGCAGGUUAAUGCAGAGGUAGUCACCAAACGUGAGACAAUGACUAUAGGGGAAAUAUUCUCCUACAUCGAGCAAGAAUCCUCAAAGUGCACGGCUACGAUCGAUGACGUCGUGCAUGGUUCUUCUUGGUACUACAUUUCCUGCAGUGGGUGCCAUUCUAAGGUUAUCAAAGGUCCAACUUCGUUGAUCUGUACAAGCAAGAAGUGUGGAAAGGUUAACGCAUCUGGUGUGCCACAGUACCUGUCAAAGAUAUCCGUUUAUGACAACAGUGAGCAAGCUGUCUUUGUGCUUCUUGGUGAUGCUGGUCGUGACCUGACUGGGAAGCUAGCAUCAGAGUUAGUCAGAAGCUAUUUUGAGGCUAAUGGCAAUGAAGGAGUUAACCUUGAGGCACCUGUUCCGGAAGCUCUAAUCAGCACCAUCGGUCAGAAGCAUAAGUUUUGUGUCAAAGUCACAGAGCAUAAUUUUUCAGGUAAGACCCGAUCUCUUACCGUGACCAAGAUCCUCCCACUAGACCCUGAACCAACCACAAUGUCUUCGGAAGAUAACCAUACUACUGCCACAUCUGGGGAAACAUCCGAGAACUGUGUGGAUUCAGCGGAUGGGAGUAAGAGAACCUGUGACAGUUCUGAGCUGGAGAGAGUUAAACGCCCUAAAUGUGGGAACUAG